AUGCUCACCAGCCCACGCUCGCCCUCUUUCUACUUCAUCCACUUGAUCGGCAUCAGUGUCGGUGGGACGCGGCUGCCGGUGACGGCGACCGUCUUCACAGAUGCCGGCACAAUCAUAGACUCUGGGACCGUCAUCACCCGCCUACCACAGGCGGCCUACGCCGCUCUUAGGUCGGCUUUCCGGAGCGCCAUGUUGCGGUAUACAAGAAUUCAGGUGUCGACUCUUCUGGAUACCUGCUACGACUUCAGCAACGCGGGGACCGUGACGUACCCCGUGAUCAAGCUCCACUACACCGGCGUCGACGUUACCCUCGGUUCAGCGGGAGUGUUCUUUUUCCUCGGCAAUUCGCGGUAUUGCCUCGCUUUUGCCGGAAAUACCGCGUCCGGCCAGGUGGGUAUCAUUGGCAACGUCCAACAGAAGACAUUUGAAGUGAUCUAUGAUAUCGGUGCAAGGAGGAUCGGGUUCGCUGCCGGCGCUUGCGCCUGA